AUGGUCCGGUUGCCGUUACCCACGCGGCUCAGCUCGCAUUUGACCGCGAGGAGCGCGAGCUCGACUCCGGGGCAGAGCAGAAGCACCAGUCCAAUGCGCUCGGUGGAGACAAAACCACUGCUGAUCAAGGUGACCGUGAUCAAGGGUCGAAAUCUUGCGGCGAAAGAUCGUGGUGGCACAAGUGAUCCGUACCUGGUGGUGACAUUGGGCGACGCAAGACAAUCUACCCCCACGAUAUCCAAGACAUUGAACCCGGAAUGGAACGUUUCCUUCGAAAUGCCCGUCAUGGGCGUCCCUCUGCUGGAAUUCAUCUGUUGGGACCAUGAUCGCUUCGGCAAAGACUACAUGGGCGAAUUCGAUAUUGCACUGGAGGACAUCUUCACGGACGGACAGGUUAACCAGGAGCCCACAUGGUAUACACUCAAGUCAAAACGGGUCUCCAACCGGCCCAGCCGCAAAAAGAAGAAGAAGGAGAAGAAGGAUAGCAAUGUCUCCGGCGAGAUCCUGCUCCAGUUCUCGCUGUCAGACUCAGCCAACCCGGCCGCCUCACCUACUGAAACAUAUCGGAAAUUCAAGAGUCUGGUCUCUGCAGGCGACGAGGAUGACCAGUCGCCCGACGACCAAAUCCCACAACUUGAUCUUGACGAGCUCGAGCAGGAGACUUCUGAUGAGACGGAUGAUCCGUCGAAGCCCGAGGUCGUUGAGAAGCGCCGCCGCCGUCUUCGGUUAGCUCGCCUGAGGCGCAAGUCCCUGGCUGCCCGCGCAUAUCAAUUUUCGGGCUCGGGCACUGGGGUCCAAGGCAUUGUGUUUAUGGAAAUUGUACGGGUCAAGGACCUGCCUCCCGAACGCAAUGUUACUCGCACAUCGUUCGACAUGGACCCCUUCGUCGUCACUUCUCUGGGACGAAAGACGCUCAGGACGCCCGUCAUCAGACACAACUUAAACCCGGUGUAUCACGAAAAGAUGGUCUUCCAGGUAAUGAAACACGAGCAGACCUAUACCAUCAGCUUCACCGUGAUGGACCGAGACAAGUUCUCGGGCAAUGACUUUGUCGCCUCCGCCAGCUUCCCUCUGCAGAAACUCAUUCAGUCAGGCCCCGAGGCGGACCCCGAGUCGGGUUUGUACCAUUUCGUAGAACUGGACCCUCCCAGUCCUACCAAGUCCAGUCCCCGCUAUGCCGUCAGCCCGUCACCUUCCUCCCAAAGUCUCUCCAAGAUGGGCAGACCGGCACUCAAGUCUCGCAACUCCGGCAACUCCGUGUCAUCCCUGACAAUGCUCGAAGUGGCAAACCGACCCCCACCUACGUCUGUCCCCGAAGAGAGUGGCUCUGAGGUCGAUAGCAGUAGCUCGACCCUACAGACUCCGUCGGCUUCAGCGACAAGUGCAACUGCGACAGAGAGCAGUGAUUCAAUUCCCCCAGCAAACGAGGAAGGAUUAAGAGAGUACAAAAUUCCCCUAAUCCUCAAGAACCGAGACCGGUGGGAAGACAAACACUCGCCGGAGUUGUUCGUCAAAGCCAAGUUUCUGCCGUACAGCGCGUUGCGUCAGCAAUUCUGGAGACUGAUGCUGAAGCAAUACGAUGCGGACGACAGCGGCCGCAUCGACAAGGUCGAGAUGACAACGAUGCUCGACACUCUUGGAUCCACCCUCAAGGAAUCAACGAUCGAUGGCUUCUUCAAACGAUUCAGCGACGGAAAUGAACCCAGCGAAUCGGCCGAUUUGAGUUUCGACGAAUGCGUGAUUUGCUUGGAAGACACCCUUCGGUACCUUCAGAAAAAGAACUCGGUGCCCGCAAUGCCCGCUCCACGGAGACCCGGUCUCGGACCAUCACCAGUCGGAAGCCAAGAAAGUGAGGAGCCAUCCAGCGACGAGGAUCUCGUUAUAGAAACCAGUACCCGCCCAUCGUCCAAUGCUAAUCCCCAAAAAACAGCGGUUCCAACUAUCAGCAGUGACGAGCAGCCUAGUUCUUCGAAUGACGACGAAUUGCGGCCCGAUGAUCUUGGUGACGAGCGCGGUGAGGAGCACGUCAUUGAGAUCCGUGAGUGUCCGCUUUGCCAUCAGCCUCGCCUCGCCAAACGAUCGGAUGCGGAUAUCAUCACUCAUAUUGCGACCUGCGCGAGCCGUGACUGGCGUCAGGUCGAUAAUCUGGUUAUGGGCGGUUUCGUGACUUCCAGCCAGGCUCAGCGCAAGUGGUAUUCCAAGGUGAUCACCAAAAUUUCGUACGGAGGUUAUCGCCUUGGAGCAAACUCGGCCAAUAUCCUUGUCCAGGAUCGCAUUACCGGUCAGAUCAAUGAGGAGCGUAUGAGUGUGUAUGUCCGUCUGGGAAUUCGGUUGUUGUACAAGGGCCUCAAGAGCAAGGAAAUGGAAAAGAAGAGAAUUCGUCGCGUCCUAAAGUCUCUGAGUAUCAAGCAGGGCCGAAAGUAUGACGAUCCAGCCUCUGCUAGCCAGAUCCAGGACUUCAUCAAUUUCCAUCAGUUGGACAUGUCCGAGGUUCUCCUGCCUCUUGACAAAUUCCGUAACUUCAACGAGUUCUUCUACCGCGCUCUGAAGCCCGAUGCGCGCCCGUGCUCUGGCCCCGAUGAGCCAAAGAUUGUGGUCUCGCCUGCUGAUUGUCGCUCCGUCGUCUUCGAUCGCAUGAGCGAUGCCACCAGCAUCUGGGUGAAGGGUCGUGAGUUCUCGGUCGAGAGAUUGCUGGGCAAUGCCUAUCCAGAAGAUGCUGCACGGUACAAGAAUGGCGCAUUGGCCGUGUUCCGACUGGCACCUCAGGAUUAUCACCGCUUCCAUAUUCCCGUGGACGGUGUAAUGGGCGAGCCCAAGACCAUCGAGGGCGAGUACUAUACCGUGAACCCGAUGGCCGUCCGUUCAGCGUUGGAUGUCUAUGGUGAAAACGUACGCAUUCUCGUCCCCAUUGACUCUGUGGCCCAUGGUCGCGUCAUGGUCAUUUGUGUGGGAGCCAUGAUGGUCGGUAGCACGGUCAUCACCCGCAAGGCUGGCGAAAAGGUUUCUCGAGCCGAGGAGCUAGGAUACUUCAAGUUCGGUGGUAGCACGCUUCUCGUCUUGUUCGAACAAGGAAUGGUCAACUUUGAUUCUGACCUUGUGGAAAAUUCCAAGGGCGCCUUGGAAACACUGAUACGAGUGGGCAUGUCAGUCGGCCACAGCCCCGACAUCCCUCAGCAUGAACCGGACAUGCCCAAGAAGGCCGAGAAUGUCACGGUUGAAGAGAUGCAAGACGCCAAGCGCCGCAUUGAAGGCAGCCUGGCGCCUCCUGCCGACCCCAGAACGCUGCUGAGUACGAUACAAUGA